AUGGGCGGCUUCCCAAAAAAACUUCAAGAGAUUCGGCUAGGAAGAAAGUCGCUGCAAGAGGUCCUUCUCAUCACUCCACCUUUGAGGUCUCGCGUGGCUGCAGCUGAUAUGGACACCUUUGAUUUUCUUGUCAACCUCCAGGUGUUCAGCCGUAGAGAACUGCAAGGCGAGUCCUACUUGGACCGCGGCCAUCUACUGCAGUGCCUUGAAAUUGGCAAGCAAAUGCGGGCCGAGAAGAAGGUGGAUUUUCAGGAGUUCCUGGCCCCUUUUCUGGCGGAUUUGCGUCCAGACGGAGAACCAUCUCAGCGCGAAAAGUUGCAUGAAGAUCAUGAAGCUCAGCCAAAGAAAACCUCGCAAGACGCCUGGCCCAUGGCCACUUGGGCCAAUUGGUUCUUCGAUUUUUUUCCCACAAGUUCCUCUCACCAACGGCCUGGCAAGCUGUGGGGUUUCGACGUGGGUAAGUAUGACAAGAAUUUCAAAGGUGCGACCGUCGAUUUCUUCAUGCGCUUGCUUUAUUCUGAACCUGGUGAUCCUCCGUUUGGCAAAUAUCAUACAUUCCAGGGUCCGGAUGGCAACUUUCAGUCCACGCUGAAAAAGGAGUACCAAGGAGAAGUGAGCAGUAGCUCGGCAGAGGCAGAGACGUUAGCCGCCUGUAAAUUUUGGGAUGACCCUCAUGUACAGGAGAGGGCCAGAGAGCUCCCACCUUCAAAGAAGUUUCGGAAGCAGAGGCAACGCCGAGCAGACCACAAUGCAAAGCGCAAAGCGGAGUAUUUGAAGGAAAAAGUGCUGAAGGCAAAGGUGCUGGAGGGCAGCGUAUCACAUGGUUUUCUGACGCUUUUGCACUUCCAUCUCUGCCUGCCUCGUGUCGCAGGCUGCCUGACCGCAUGGUCGGGAUCCCAGGCACCAGGUGGGGAACUCAGCUCCCUCCCUCUCGGACCGCUUGGCCGAGAGGUUGUGGAUGACAGGUUGCAUCGAGCUCAGACAAGGGAGCAGCCAACAAAAAUUGGACAUAAACCAACAAGAAUUGAACAACAGACAGCAAUGGUUUAUAUCAUCCCAAAAACAGAGCCUUUCUGGUUUUUGAACUCAUGUUUUUUCCAAAAGCAACACGGAUGA